AUGCCGACCGUCAAAGGCAAGAAGAAAAAACCCAAGAAGGAAGCGAGUCAAGACGAUCCUCCAGCAGAAGUUGCUGUGGAGAUGGAGGAGGUCAAGAACAGGAAGAACUCUCAAGGCUCUGUGUGUUUUAACCCAGAACCAUAUGACUCUGCGCCACUCAAAAAGAAGAAGAAGAAGAGGACACCCACCAUCGAUCUGGAGACAGAGCCUGACGUUCCGAAUGGAGAGAUGGCAGAACAGACCGAGGAGGAGUCUGUCCCGGUGACCAAGAGGACCAAACGCAAGAGGAAAGCUCGCACCACAGACAGUUGCAGUACUGAGCUUCUACCAGAGGGGGAGGUGGACACUCGCUUAUCACCUGUGCUCUCCGCAGCCCAAACCUACAACCAAGCCUCCGGGAGGGUGUUUGUGGAGCGCCACCGGCGGUUCCAGUCUGAGCAGCAGAGACACUCGGACCUGAUGGAGGACUACCUGGACCCGCGAGCCGCCUGGAGCACCAGGGACGUGGCCCUGAGAGUCCACAGUGGCUUCAGAGUGGUGGGUCUCUUUUCAAACGGGUUCCUGGCGGGCUUCUCUGUGUGGAACAUCAUCGUGGUGUAUGUUCUGGCUGGAGAGCAGAUGACCACGCUGCCAAACCUGCUGCAGCAGUACCACGCUCUGGCUUAUCCUGCUCAGUCCCUGCUCUACCUCCUGCUGGCCCUGAGCACUGUGUCAGCCUUUGACAGGGUAAAUUUGGCCAAAGCCUCGAUGGCUCUGAGAGGAUUUCUGACGCUGGACCCUGCAGCUCUGGCCUCUUUCUUGUACUUUGUGGCUCUGAUUCUGUCCCUGUCUCAACAAAUGACCAGCGAUCGCAUAAACCUGUAUCCUACGGCCAACACUACUCUGUGGGUUCCGGGUUCAGAGCAGCAGAUCCUCAGGCCCUGGGUGGUAGUGAACCUGGUGGUGGCGCUGUUGGUGGGACUGGCCUGGGCUGUGGUCUCCACCCGGCCAGACAUAGACUACACUGAGGACUUCCUGGUGACGAUGGAGGUAGACGGUUAUCCACGAGGGACAGAGGAAAACCAGGACGUCCCGGCCUAA